AUGCCGGAGAAUCCAUUCACCUGGGAUGUUUCAGCUCAAGAUGUCACCUCCAGCUGCUCUGGUAUUAAAGUGAUAAUAGAUGGUGCUAGGUACCAGCCUGUCUGGCUGCCAGAACCAAUGGAUAUUUAUAUCCCUGUUGGAAAAGCUGACAUGAACUGUGGUAUCACCCUCCUAAAACUUGAAGGAGGGACCAAUGGAACCAUGAAGGACGUUAUUUACUUCAAGUUUGAUGCUGAGACCAACAAAUCACAUCAGAUCACCAUCUGGCCAGUAGACAAUAAUACCACCCUGCAAGUUUACCUAAAAGCCAAUGCCAGGCCUAGCAAGGAAGAGAUCUUAAACAGCACUACACUUAUCCCAGUUCCUGAGGAGAUGCGUUAUCAUUAUGGCAACCAAAGUGCCAGUGGCUAUGUUCUGUUUGUCCCAGAAAAUAAAACCACUGAGGCAGACACUGUAUAUUACAUUGGGAUCACUUUAUUAAAUACAAGUGAUUUUGGGAACAGACACCUAGAUGUUAAUGAGAAUGUCCAACUUCUGGUCACAGUCCAUUCCAGUGCCUGUCUGUUCUGGGAUGAGCAGAAAGAAAUAUGGAGUAGUGAAGGAUGUAAGGUUUCUCCCCUCAGCACAACUGUUACUUUACACUGUAUCUGUCAUCACAUGACUGUGUUUUCUGGCGGUUUCUUUAUUCUGCCUAAUGCCAUUGACAUCGUGGCAGACUCUGCUCUGUUCUUGACUUUACUGGAGAACCCACUGGUGGUGAGCAUUGUGCUGUGUGUAUGGGGCAUCUACCUGGCAAUUGUUAUCUGGGCACACAAGAAGGACAGGGAAGACCUUCUUAAGGCUGGAGUGACAGUGUUAGAAGACAAUGAUCCAGAGAAUAAGUAUGGCUACCUUGUGACAGUUAUCACUGGCUGGAGGACAGGGGCUGGGACCACAGCUAAUGUGGGCUGUUUUAUUAAAGGUGAAAAUGGUGAAAGUGACCGUCAUGUCCUGAGCGACCCCAAUCAUCCAGUAUUUGAGAGUGGUGGCAUGGACAGUUUCCUACUGACCUGUGCCCAGUGCAUGGGUGACCUCCUCUCUGUCACCAUCUGGCACGACAACUCUGGAGCUGCCCCUGCCUGGUUUCUGGAGAAGUUGAUGGUAAGAGACUUGCAGAGAAAUGAGGUGUUUGAGUUCCUAUGUAACCGCUGGCUUGCUCUGGACCUGGAUGACUUCUGCAUCCAGCGCACAUUGUGCCCUGCCUCAGUGGAGGAGAUGAAGGAGUUCUCGUACCUGUUCUCCAGUAACAGUGGCUUCAGCAUGAGGGAGAAACAUCUGUGGGUCAGUGUGUUCUCUUGUCCACCAAACUGUCCCUUCACAAGGACCCAGAGACUGACCUGUGCUCUGACUCUUCUACUGACCACCAUGCUGACCAAUAUCAUGUUUUAUGGCAUCCCAACUGAUGACCCAGAAGAUCAGUACCAAGUAGCAGAUUUCCAGUUUUCUCUAUCUGACAUAAUAAUUGGUAUUGAGAGUGGGCUGCUGAUGUUCCCAGUGAACCUGGUCAUAGUGCAGCUAUUUAGAAUGUGUGCUCCAAGACCUGUUAGUACACAUAAGGAAGAUGUCACACCCAGAACUUCCAUGGAACAAAGAGAUUCAGCUCAGAUGGCUGUGCUAGGAGCAGAUGUAAACCAUUCACAGAGCAGAAAUAGCAGUAGCGUCUCGGGGAAUGAGAUUGGUGAUGGUGAUGUAGAUAAAGUACCAAAUGCAACCUCUAACAGUGCAAAUAAAAGUAGUUUAAAUACUGAUGACCAGGCUGUCACAGAUAGAAACAUCACACUCUUUAAUGAAAAUGAAAGUGAGAACAACUUCUGGCCUUGCACUUUGGGUGUGGCCAUCCUCGCUGGAGGAGAAGUGACGGGUCAAGUGUCUACUGACCAGUCUAUGGACAUGGGUGGACAUUUAACUGGGUGUAAGAAAGAAAGCCAGACUGUGGAAGAGGACAGCAUAUGGUGUGGAUCGGGUGCUGGUGUCAGGCCAUCUGACCUUAAUCUCACACUUGACCUUGACCUACUUCACAGAGAAAGCCCUGACAUACCAUUGAUACAUAUGGACAAUUCAAAUGAAGUUUCUGUGAUUACAAUGGAGGAGGAAAAGAAUACACCUUUCAGACUACCAUGGUGGUGUAUCUACAUAGCCUGGGUGGUGGCUGUGAUAACAUAUUUCAGGAAUGGUUUGGAAAUCUUUGUCGCAGUUUGUGAAGUUAUGUUUAUCCUGUUUAUUCUGACCUCCACAUACAGAGAGUUCAAUAAAUUCAGAAACACUGGUUCUAAGGAAUACUUCUCAGAUCCCUGGAGUUAUGUAGAGGUGGCAAUUGUCUGCCUGGGAUACUCAGCUAUUGGUCUGUUUUUACAACGUUUAGUCACAGUAAACUUCACCAUUGCCAGUUUCCAUGACCAUGGCAGAGAGGAAUUUGUGAACUUUUUUCCAGCAGCAUUCUGGGACUACAUCCUGGGCUACACCUUGGCUGCUAUGCUGGUGCUGACCGUGCUCAAGGUUUUCAAACUGCUACGGUUUAAUGUCAGCAUGAACAUGUUGUCUGCCACUUUGAAGAAAUCUUGGAAGCCUACACUACAUUUUUAUCUAGUUCUAGCUCUCCUCAUGAUGGCCUAUUCCUUCUUUGGGCAAUGUGCUUUUGGUCACUACAUUGAACACUUCAAGUCCUUAUUGGACUCCUUACAGACUUUGUUCACUCUGAUCAUGGGAGGAUUUGAGUUUGCAAUUCUGGGAGACUCAAACCGUGUCAUUGGUAUCAUGUUUCUGAUCACCUUUGCCAUGAUAGUCCAGGUGUCGCUGAUCAAUAUUUUCAUUGCCAUUAUAAACGAAUCAUUCAGAUGUGUUCAGAAGACCACCAAGGAGACGUCCAAUGAGAUGGAGAUGGUGGACUUUAUGUGGACGAGAUUACUGGUGAUUCUUGGUCUCCACACAGGGGCAGGGGUCACCAUUCCAUCCACUAUUGACCCAAAGAUACUGCAACAACUGGCUACUGGACGUGGCGUGGACAGGAAGCAAAAUUAGAACGUUUCAUCUGAUAUAG